CGGGCCGGUCGCGGAGCUCUCGCCGCCCGGCGCGGCGGGUGCGGCCAUUUUACGGCCUGGGACGCAGGGAGGCGUGUUUGUACGCUCGCCUUCAUCCUCCCUUCCUGGAAGCUGCGUUCGACAGAGGCUUCUCGGGCUGCCUCGGUGGGCGGUGGAUGGGGUGUCGCGGGCCGAGGAGAGCCGGGCCCGGGAAGCGCCGUCGCCGCCGUCGCCGUUCGCAUUCCCCCGGCGGGGCCUGAGGAGAAGCCCAGGCCGCGCUCGCCGCCCGCCAGCCCACCGACAGGCCCGGGCGCCCGGGCCUGCUUUUGUCCGGACGUGCGAGCGCCGCCCGCCUGACGGCUAAGCCGGAGGCCUGCAACCCUGAGGCGGCUACCCUCCUGCGGCUCGGCCUCUCAUCCUGGCGAUCGCGAAAGUGGUGUGGGCCAUGGAUUAAGGAGGCGGCGGCGUGGGAGGAGGAAGAUGGCGGCUGGCAAGAGCGGCGGUAGCUCCGGAGAGAUUACUUUUCUGGAAGCUUUGGCUAGAUCAGAGUCAAAGAGAGAUGGAGGUUUUAAAAGUAAUUGGAGCUUUGAUCAUGAAGAAGAAAGUGAAGGAGAUACAGAUAAAGAUGGAAUAAAUCUACUCAGUGUAGAUGAAGAUGAGGAUUCUGAAAUCUCACAAGGAAAAAAGUUAAGUCGUCGAUCUGAAAUCGUUGCUACCAGUUCUGGUGAUUUCGUCUUGAAGACAUAUGUAAGACGAAACAAGAGUGAAAGUUUUAAAACCUUAAAAGGGAAUGCAAUUGGACUUAACAUGUUGAACAACAAUAAGAAAUUGAGUGAAAAUACACAAAAUACAUCAUUGUGUUCUGGAACUGUAGUUCAUGGUAGACGCUUUCAUCAUGCUCAUGCACAGAUACCAGGAGUGAAAACAGCAGCCCAAAGCAGUCUGGACCGAAAAGAAAGGAAAGAAUACCCACCUCAUGUCCAAAAAGUUGAAAUUAGUUCAGUAAGGUUAAGUCGGCCACAAGGUAUGGAACGCACAGUGAAAAAAACAGAAGAGUCUGAGUCACAUGUAGAGACUGAAAUUAAGAGGAAAGUGCAACAGAAGCGGCACUGUAGUGCAUAUCAAGCUUCUCCUCUCUCCCCUGCUUCAAAAAAAUGUGUAACCCAGUUAGAGGUUUCUGAACAGCGUGAAUGUUGUCCACAGUGUGGGAAGGAAAAAGAAAAUCAGACCAAAUGUGAAAGUUGUGGUAUUCUUUUUCAUAAUGAUUUACCAAAGUCUUGCAGACAAGCUAUAAGUUUGAAUGACUCCACUGGACCAUCAUUAAGAACACCAAUUCAUCAGAAUUCUGGAGGACAGAGACCACAGAACACAGGAUUAACAACCAAGAAGUUUUAUGGCAACAAUGUGGAAAAGGUUCCAAUAGACAUUAUUGUAAAUCGUGAUGAUAUUAGACAUAAUUAUUUGCAGACUAAUGGAAAAAUCAUUUUACCUUCGGCAAAAAUACCCAAAAUCACAAGCAUAAAAGAGAGGAAAACAAGCUUGUCUGAUCUAAAUGAUCCAAUCAUUUUGUCCAGUGACGAUGAUGAUGACACUGAUAAGACUAACAGAAGAGAGAGUAUAUCUCCUCAACCUGCUGAUUCAGCAUGUUCUUCUCCAGCACCAUCCACUGGAAAAGUAGAAGCAGCACUGAAUGAAAAUACCUGCAGAGUAGAGCAUGAACUAAGAAGCAUUCCAGCUGAAUCAGACUUAAAUACAAUUACAUUGCCACGCAAAGCAAGAAUGAAAGAUCAGUUUGGCAAUCCUAUUAUCAGCACACCUGUAAAACGUCGUAGAGUGGUUUCUCAAGAAACUUCAGUUAAUUCUCUAUCUUUAAGCUGCCAAAGUUCAUUUGAAAGUUUGAUUUUAAACUGUCGAAGUAUUCGGGUGGGAACACUCUUCCGGCUAUUAAUAGAACCUGUAAUUUUUUCUUCAGAUAUUAUCAAGAUUCAUCUAGAUGAACCGGAAAGUGAUCCUAUAGAGAUUAUUUUAAAUACCUCUGAUCUAACUAAAUGUGAAUUGUGUAAUGUCAGGAAAUUACCAGUAGUGUUUCUUCAAGCAACACCACCAGUUUAUCAAAAGUUGAGCAUGCAACUGCAAAUGAAUAAGGAGGAUAAGAUUUGGAACAAUUGUAAAGGAAUAAAUAAGCUAACAAAUUUGGAAGAACAAUAUAUAAUUUUAAUCUUUCAAAAUGGCCUUGAUGCUCAAGCUAAUAUGAUAUUUGAAAGUAUCAUUACUGACAUUGGUGUUAAGAAUAAUAUUUCCAACUUUUUUGCAAAAAUUCCCUUUGAUGAAGCCAAUAGUAGACUUGUUGCCUGCACAAAAACCUAUGAAGAAAGUAUCAAAGGAAGUUCAGUGCAAAAAGAAACCAAAAUUAAAACUGUGUCUUUUGAAUCUAAAAUACAACUUAGAAAUAAACAUGAGUUCCAGUUUUUUGAUGAUGAGGAGGAAGCUGGAGAAAACCACACUAUAUUUAUUGGUCCUGUAGAAAAAUUGAUUGUGUAUCCACCACCUCCAGCUAAGGGAGGCAUCUCUGUAACUAAUGAAGACCUACACUGCCUAACUGAAGGAGAAUUUUUAAAUGAUGUUAUUAUAGACUUCUAUUUGAAAUAUUUGGUGCUUGAAAAACUCAAGAAAGAAGAAGCCGAUCGAAUUCAUAUAUUCAGUUCUUUUUUCUAUAAACGCCUUAAUCAGAGAGAAAGGAGAAAUCAUGAAACAACUAAUUUAUCAAUACAGCAGAAGCGACAUGGGAGAGUAAAAACAUGGACCCGGCAUGUAGAUAUUUUUGAGAAAGAUUUUAUUUUUGUACCCCUUAAUGAAGCUGCACACUGGUUCUUGGCUGUUGUUUGUUUUCCCGGUUUGGAAAAACCAAAGUACGAACCUAAUCCUCAUUACCAUGAAAAUGCAUUUAUGCAGAAAUAUUCAACUAUAGAAGACAGUUGUAUUUCUCCUCCUUCAGCCAAUGAAAUGGACAGUUGUUCACAAAACUCUUCUGCCAAGCCUGUAAUUAAGAAGAUGCUAAACAAAAAGCAUGGUAUAGCUGUAACUGAUUCCAGUGCUGGGCAGGAAGAAAGUGACCCUUGUUUUCGGAGAAGCACAUGCAGCGUGAAAUGUAGUGUGAAAAAAAUAAAUCAUAAUGCAAGUGAAAUUGAAGACUCAAGUAGAGGAACAUCACCAUGUCAGAAAGUUGUUGAUAGGACUAAAAGUGAGAAUGGCAUGCAGAAUGAAAGUUUAAGUUCCAUACACCAUCCAGAUGGCUUAAGCAAAAUCAGACUAAGUUAUAGUGAUGAGUCAGCUGAAAGUGGUAAAAUGCUUGAAGAUGAACUUAUUGACUUCUCUGAAGAGCAGGAUAACCAGGACGAUAGCAGUGAUGAUGGCUUCCUUGCUGAUGACAACUGCAAUUCAGAAAUAGGACAGUGGCAUUUAAAGCCCACCAUCUGUAAACAGCCUUGUAUCCUACUUAUGGACUCACUGCGAGGACCUUCCCGAUCAAAUGUUGUCAAAAUUCUAAGAGAGUAUUUAGAAGUGGAAUGGGAAGUUAAGAAAGGAAGCAAAAGAAGUUUUUCCAAAGAUGUUAUGAAAGGCUCUAAUCCAAAAGUACCCCAGCAAAACAACUUCAGUGACUGUGGUGUUUAUGUUUUGCAAUAUGUAGAAAGUUUUUUUGAGAAUCCAAUUCUUAAUUUUGAGCUACCUAUGAAUUUGGCAAACUGGUUUCCUCCCCCAAGAAUGAAAACAAAAAGAGAAGAAAUCCGAAACAUAAUUCUGAAGCUGCAGGAAGAGCAGAGCAAAGAAAGAAAGAAGCAUAAAGAUACUUCCCCCACAGAAGCAUCUCUCGGCGAAGGGACAGGACAAUAUGUGAACAGUAUCUCAGAUUGACAGAUGGCUCCUGCAUGCCAGCUCUGCAUUCAGAAACUAAUGACUUUCAGCUUUGGGUAUAAACAGUAAAGAACUGAAGUGUUCACUACUCAGAGUGAUUUGACAAUGUUAAUGCUUGUAUAAAUGUCAUAUAAUUAACUUCCAAAGGAGUAUGUAUUAAGUAAGUCUGUAAAUAUGUUAAUGAGGCCAAUUUUUCCAGCAUUUAUAAUUAUUUUUUUCACUUGUUAGGAAGCUUUUGUUAUGUAUUUUUCUGUUAAUAGUACUUAAAACUGCAACUUCUAAACACAAAAUAAAUAAAAAGAAAAUAUUUAUAGGAGGAAAUGAUUAAUUUGAUAUUCUUUAGUGAACUUGUAUAAUUCCUAAGUGGGUGUGAUACGUUUUAUGGGAAUAUGCAAGUGGCUAUGAUUUUUUGAUCUUUUGCAUUCAUUCUAAAAUAACUUAGAAUGUGAAAAUAAGACAAAUAUAAGGCAUUGUGAACUAACCAGUCAUCUUCCUAUGCUUACAAAAAGAAUAAUAAGAACUUAUCACAUUCCCAUAUGUUCAAAGGAUCUAAGACAUGUAAUAUUUAUACUUGACAUAAAUGAUUAGGGAAAAACGGUACUAAAGGUCAUUCACAGAAAAAUACACUGAAUUAUAUAAUGAAAAUCAGCUAGAGUUGUAAACAUUGUCACAUGCAUUUAUGAAAUCAUCAAAGACUCAGGUUAAAAUUUUUGAUGAAUGCAGCUUGCAUUUCAAAUGUCCAUGUUACUUUUCUAUAUGAUCAUUUCAAGUAUGUUAUAAUCUGUGGUACAGUUAUUUGAUAAACAUUUUUAAAUUAUGCAAACCUAGCAAUUUAAAUAGGAUUUUCUUUGUAAUAGCUUUUGCUAUUAUUUCCAUUAUUCCUAUUUUUUUGGUAACCAGAACAUCAAAAUUUUUGCUUGAGUUUUUCAGUACAGAUUAUUUUUAUAUGUCAGUCAGUUGUAUAAUGCAGCAAAACUCUAUUUUGAAUUUUUUUUAACAUAAUUAAUCUGAUGGCUUGAAGACAGAUUUACAAGUCACUUGGGAUCGUCCAUAUCUCCAGAACCUGUUGGCAUUCAGACUUGACAUAUAUAUUUUUAAAAAUCAGUUUCUGUGUGAUAUAUGCGUAACAAAAACAAUUUAAUAUUUUCUUUAUAAAUUAGCCCUUUUUCGCAUUGUGCUUAGCAUUUGAGUAUACUUCUUUUAAUUCUAUAAAAACCCAUGAACAUUUUUGGGUGGACAAAUAUGUUUGUAACAACCCAAAAAAAAGUCUAUUGAGAUACACUUAAUAAGUGAAAUUCUAGAAGUAAAUAUAAGGUGAGUCACUGUUGAUGUUACCAAUUACAUGUUUUUCUGGUUUUGAACUAUCUUGGCACUUUUUCUGUUUAGCAAUACAAGAAACAACUAUAUCAAUGUCAAAAUUGACAUACUUAAUUUUUUAAAUGAAGUGUUCUGUCAGAAUUUGAAGAUACUGAAAAAACUAUUCUAAAGUACUUAUUUGUUUUUGAUUUAAUUUCUUGUAGUUACGCUUUAUUAUUAGCUAAUUUUUGAUUAGCUAAAAUAAGAAUUUAGCCCUUGGGCCAACUCAAGUCAGUUGUAUUUCAACAUACAAUAUACAUGAAUGAAUGUCAACUUUCUAGAUUCAGAGUACUAAACAAAUAGGUGGCAUAUCUCCCACCCCCAUGUGCAAUUUUGUUUUUGAACGUUGUGUUACUAUAUAGAUACUGAAAACUCCAGUGGCUGCUAUAUUGAGCUCCAAACUAGAUUUGAGACUCUUCAGUGAUUGUGCGCAUUCACUUGGUAAUUAUGUUUCUGGUAUUUCUGUAUGUAGUUACAAGUGAAUAUAAGCCUUUUUAGAGUAUUAUUAGUGAUUAGAAGCUGUGAAACAGAACUUUAAGGUCUAGAGGUUUGCUACUAGACACUGAAGCUGCAUGAUGAGUAUCUAGUGUCUUAACUAAUUAGAUCUGUUGUAUUGGUUUUCUUGUUGGAUAGAAUAGCAGUUAAUCAUAUUUAGAAGAGAUUAGAUUACUUAGCCAUAAAAUUUGUAUGUGUCUCAGCUCUUGGUAGGAGCAAAGGUGCUGUUCAACUAGUCCCUUCCCUUUGAUGUUGCUGUACCAGUUAAGAAAGUUGAAAACUUAAGUGAUAUCUUUUCAGAUUCACAUAAACCAUAUAAACCUAAUUUGUUGAGUAACCUACACUUAAACUUUUAACUAAACAUGGGAGGUUUCAUUUGGAAGUAUAAAUUAUCUAGAUUAUGUCUUAUGAAUGAAUUUACUAUUUAUGUUUAAAAUCUCACCGAAAGCUAUAAAGUACAGUGUGAGUUUAAAUUUCUCUAAAAUGAAAAAUUAUAGAGUGCUAGAUAAACAGAACAUAGUUUAAUAUACAAAGUCAAGACUUGGUGGUGUUGUACUGCAACCAAGGAGGGGAAUAACUGUCAAAAAGAAUGGAACCCUUGAGAACAAGCAGGACAAUGCUGUAUGUUUUAUAAAGAUAGCAGUAGUGAAAGUUUAUUCUGCAGAUCACUUCAAGGACAAAAGGAGAGGAACUAAGUAUAUACAAUAGACUGCCUAGCCAAGUGGUUAUAAAAAGUUAAGAAGAAAAUAUCCCGGUGAGUACUGAAAUAUUCCAGUAAGUUUGUAGCAUAUUUUUUAUUUUCUAAUUUUCAGGAAAAAUUAGUUUAUAAGCUAUUAUAAAAUAUAAAUUUAUCCUGAGAGGAAGAGCUUAUUGAUGAAUUGUAUGAAUGUGAAGCUUGAAAGAAAGUAGCUCUACUUCUUAAUAUAAAAUAAAGCAGAUGAAGGGAUAAUAGUUAAGUACUCUAAAUUAUUAUCAAGAAAUCAGAGUACAGUGGGUGAGGAGUUAGAUAUUCUCAACCCAUCACCUAAAAUAACAAUUUUUAAAGAUUUUAAAGCUUAGAAGCUGUUACUCUCCUUGUUGCAAAUGAUUAAUUUGUCAUCAUAGAAGCUUACAGUGAGAUAGUAUCCAAAACCAAGGUUAUUAUAUAAAUGUGCAUUAAGAUAAUUUAGGGAGCUGUUCAAACCACAGGUAAUUGCACCAUGUAUUUCCAAAAGUUUCUGGUGCACAUGUGGCGGUUCACUGAUUUGAAAGGAUCACUGUUUGUUCUUUGUGGUUGUCGAGGAGCUGGCCUGCUCCUAGAGAUGCAGGCGCUUUACAUUCCUUCCCUCAAAUGCUUUACCCACUUCCAAAUGCACUAAUGAAGUCACGAAAUUGAUGUUGCUGAGCAUUUACCAAGUAUUACAGUACUCAAAUAUCAGAUGUCCGCAUUUUCAGUGAAAGUGCAUUUUAGGCAUUGAUUUAUAUAGUAUAUAUUCUCUAUGAUUUACUAAGUGGUUUAUGAAUUCGUAAGCAGAGGUCGUAGUGGUCAUGGUAGCACUAAAAGGAAUGUGGUUUAAAUUUUAAUUGGAUCUGAACUAACCAAUUUGUGGGAUGCAUCUAAACUUGUCAAAGUGUGUUUGAGUACUAGUUUUAAGAUAAAUCAAUUCUGCAUCAAUUAUAGUUGGGAAAUAGUUUAAACCAAGUUGAACAGAUUUCUUUACAGGAGAUUUCAGAACCUUUAAUAUGCCAACAUACAGAAUGAGUAAAUGAAUGAGAAGAUAGAGAAUACAGCAUACUAUAGACUCUGGCCAUGGCUUUGUCUCUUGGAUUGACUCUAAACUUCCUUAGAAAUACCACUUAUCAGAAUUGGCUUUGGGCUAACAGGGAGAAGAAUUAUAGGUUGAGCAAGAGAAGGUGCUUUUGAAAUUAAAAUUUUUUUACAUGGUUUUAAUAGUUGAAUAUAUGGUUUGGAAAUUUGAAAAACACGGGAAAAUGAAGUUUCAUGAAAAUAACCAUUGCCAUGAGAAAGCUACAAAUUAUUUUACACAAGUGGAUUAUUCUAUGGAAAACGGAGCUGGUGGUAUUUUGUUUUAUAACAUCAUCAGUCCCCUAACAAAAAAAUCACAGAAAUAAUGAAAGUGAAAAUGGAUUUUAAAAUAAUGUGGAGGCUUUUUCUUAUGUUUAUAGUUGAUCCUCUUAACUGGUAAUUUAAACUCUCUUGAUUUUAUCAUCCUUUACUUUAGAAUACUGUAAUAGAAACCAUAUACCUAGGAACAUUUUCUCCUAAAGAAAUAUGUACAAAAUACCCCUUGUAAGAUAGAGUAUAUUAUGAAAAUAUUUUUAACUUACCAAAUAAAUGAAAAAUCAUCCAAGCAUACUAUAGAAUGUGUUAGGUUAUAUACAUGAUGACAAUAGAAGAAUUUAUUAGAACUUAGAUUAAAAGGUGUUAGUCUAAAUAUUUAUUGUUGACUAUCUGCUUCAUACUUUGUACUGUGGAUAAACCAGCAAACAGAUAACAUGUUCUCUCAUGUAACUUCUUGAUGUUAUAUUGGGAAAGAUGCUUCUUAAUCCGUCUCACAAAAAUAAUAGUUCCACGUAUUUCUCAUAUUGUAAAAAGUAGAGUAUAUAGUCUUAGUCUGGAGAGGUUAGGGAAAUUUUCCCUGAAGAUGUGAUGUUUUCAUUAUUGGUAGGCAUUGAGAUAAACACCUAUAAGCAAUGCAAAGACCCUCAAGAAAUGGGUGAUUUGUCCUAAAUGAUACAGGCUUCAUUUGUUAUGCAUCUAUUUAUUGCCUAUUUUGUACUGAGCAACCACCUAUUACUUACAAUGACCUAAUGAAGAACAUGCUGUUUUUACUCCAAAGUUACAGGACAAAGCCGAACCCAAAGAAGUUGUUUUCCCAGCAAGGCUGGACUUUGAAUUCACAAUCUCAUCCUAGAGACUAGGUUAACAUGUAGAUAAAAAGAAAAAUGGAAUGUCCGUAUUUUCUUAGAGGUACAAUGUGGCAGAAUCUUGUUUAUUGAAAUUGACCAUAUAGGGGCUUGUUGAAUGUGUUAUUUUUGGAUAUGUAUAAACAAUGGUUUUUUAAAUAAAAUUUAUAUUUUAAUUUAUUUUGUUUGAAAGGCUGAGAGAGAAAUCUGCCAUCUGCUGGUUACUUGCCGAAUGUUUUCAAUAGCCAAUGCCGGGCCUGGCCUAAUAAAGGAAUCUGAAGCUCAAUGCAGAUCUUCCAUGUGAGUGGCAGAGAUUUCAAGUACUAGAAACAUGCAACGGGAACAAAAGAGUUCUGACUUUUUCUCAGUUACAUCUAUAAUAACCCUUUAUUAAACUAUGUAGAGCUCAAAAGUGGACAAAACUAAUUUAAAAGACAUAAUUGUAAAACAACAGUACCGAAGAAAACAUGACAUUAAAAUUUUUUUUAAAAACCAGUGUUUUAUUUUUUAAAAAUAGAUACAUUAAAACUUUAGGCUAGGAUAAAAUAUUCACAUUCCUUUGUCUUCACAGGAAAAGUAUUUUUCUUGAUAUAAACUUAAAACAACUUGUUACAUUGACCUAGGCAGGCAGUGUUUCCAAACAUGCUCCUGAGGGAACCACCUAAACUGCCUGUAUUAUAUACCUCGUUAUGUUUUCAAUCAUUGCUGCUUCCCACCCAGUCUGCUGUCAGUUAAUUUGAUGUAGGACAGACACCUGAUAGUUUAUAACAAAGUGACUUAGAGGAUGUAAGACAAGCAAAAAUAGUCCAAACACAAAUCAUCACUGGAAUUUAGAUUAAAACGAAGGAAUUUGCACAUCAGUAAGUUGACAGUAAUAAGUGAUCAGGUUUGCAUCAGAAAUCAUCUGGAAGGCUUGAUAAAAUACAGAUUGCUAAACCUUCCUCAAGUGCUUCAAUUCAAAUAGUCUACAGUAAGGCCAGCAAAUUUAAAUCUCCACCAAAUUUCCCCAACAAGACAACACUUUGAAUCCACUGAUGUAUGGCUUCUUGGUAGUUUUUUCCAGCGAGGUCCACGGAGACCUCUUAAUGCAGGUAAGAUCGAGAAACCACUCAGCAUCAAAGCAUCUGGAUUCAGUGAACUUCUAUAUGAAAAUUUCAAUGUUAUACUUGUAAUUACGAUUAAACUCUGAGGCAUGUGACCACACUAUAAAACGAGUGUUUUAAAUUGGUACAGUGUAUUUUUUGGAAACUUUAUAUAUAUUCUUCAAUAUUUUCCCCAUAUUCACAAAGUUUGUACACAUCUCUACUAAUAUAUAAAGAUUAGGAUAAUUAUAUAAAUGCUUUGCAGAAUCUUUUGUCUCAGCAACAUCUUGUGGAAGUCAGCUGAGGUCAUCUGGUAUGAUCGUAAAGUUCUUACGAUGAACCAUAUUUAUUGAACAGUUUUCCUACUCCUUGAGUCCCACUUGGCCUGAUUAUACAACGGUAACAGUACUGAAAUCUUAGGAGUUGCUCUCCCCCAAAAGCUGUGUUUGUCAUGCUGCAUGCUCAGAAGAGGGAAGAAAGGGUACAAGCUCCAUGCUAUUCCAGUGUUGGAUGGGAAACUGCUGAGUAGCACGUGGACUCCAAACCUCUCCCCAGAUGCAGCCAUUUGGCCCAGGGAUCAACAUCUCCCUGUACGACUCUCGACCAGGUUCAAGUACAGUUCUGCUUAUACCCA